AUGCAACCAAAAGGCUGGCUUGAAAUCUUUGUUAUUGCCUUAUGGCAUAUUUGGAAGAACAGGAACAAGACAGUUUUUGAUGGGGCUAUGUCAAGGUCUUCAAGUCAGUAUAAUCACUUUCUUAUUGAUUACAUGUAUAAUAUUGAUGUUUUCCAAAAACAGAACAAGACUGUGCCAAAAAAAAAACAACCCAUUGUUUGGAAGCCACCAAUUCAUGGUUACCUGAAGCUGUAUACUGAUGGUUCGUGGAAAUCAAAUGAUAAAGCAAGCGAAGGUGGAGUCAUUAGGAGAACGGAUGGGUCAUGGUUUAUGGGCUUUUUAAUCAAGUUUGAUGCCAUUAAUCCUGCAGCUGCAGAAUUGGCAACUAUCAGGGAAGGACUCUCGUUGGCUAAAGAUCACAACAUCAGCAGAUUAGAGGUGAAAACUGAUGCACAAGCUUUGAACAUUAUGAUGGAUAGAGCUGAGAAAUAUCCCCACCAUCAGUUGCAUGCAAUAAUCUAUUAA